UUUACGUUGCUCGGUGUUUACUUGCUUUACUUGUUUACUCUUCCGAUUCGAUAAAAUCUACAUUCAUGUUUUAUUUGUACCUAUAAUAUUUAACGUAAAAUCGGUAUCUGCAAGUCUAAAGUAUUAGUUUAGGUUGAGGCCACCUAGCUUGAGCGGCAAUGGACGUGGUAAAGUCAUGUCGCUGUUGCCUGCGGUGCCCUCCGGACAAGGACCUGGCGACGCCGUACGCACAUCUCGGCACAACGGAGAUAUAUGUCGACAUGCUCGAAGAGUGCUUCGAUGUACAUUUAACACUGGAUGCAAAUGUCUCGCGAGGGAUUUGCUUGACAUGUGUGAGCCGCCUGCGAGACGCGAGUGACUUCAAGCUGCAAGUGCAACGCAGCCAGACAGAGCUGCAGGCAGCGCUGCUGGUUGAAGUUGAAGACUUUUUAAUCAAGUCAGAGCCGCCAUAUGAUGAGAUGAAGGAUGAGUUGUCAGAGACAGACGUUGAGCGGCCCCCUUUCGAGAUCGCCAUGGCCAGUUCCGGUAGAGAGAAACCAUACACCCGCGAAGAAUGUCACAAGGGCUUCAAAAAGAAGUGUGUUGUAAAGAAAGACAUGCAAGAAACGCACUUAUUGUCCGAAACUUCGUGUGAUUCAAUAAUGACCCAGGAAAAAAACAAUAGUGAUUCUUGUCGUUCCACAAUACAUAAGAAAAAAGAACAUGGUGUUGAGAAUUUGACGCGGAAGGCUAAAUUAAAACGCCGCAAAGUAAAAAAACUUCUAAAUUGUAAUCAUUGUAGUUACACCAGUCCGGAUAAAAGUAGAAUACUCCAACAUCAGACGAUACACACAGUAAAAAGCCUUUUAAAUUGUAAUCAUUGCAGUUACACAAGUUCGUUUAAAGGAAGAAUGCUUCGACAUCAAAGGAGACACACAGACGUAAAGCCUUUUUUGUGCAACAAUUGUGCUUAUCAAUGCAAUUCGAAAAAACACUUGCAAAUUCAUCUGAUGAUACACACUGGCGAAAAGCCUUUUAACUGCAGCAUUUGUGACUUUAAAUGUAGACGAAAAGCAGAAUUACGAUUACAUGAGAUGAUACAUAGCGGUGAAAAACCUUAUCAAUGCAGGCAAUGUGAUUACAAGUGUACUAGUAAAUGUCAUUUACGAAGACACGAGGGUAUACAUCCUGGAAUGAAAAAUAAAUCGCAUAAAUGUACUUAUUGUGACUAUCAAACCCAUGAUAAGUCACAUUUGAACCGUCACCUGAAGAUACAUACAGGUGAUAUGCCUUUUAAAUGUGACUUUUGCGAUUAUCAGUGUCGAGAAAAAGAGCACUUGCGUUAUCACCAAACUAAACAUACGGGUGAAAAACCCCAUAAAUGUAGCUAUUGUGACUUUAGAUGUACUCGGAAAUCAGAUUUACCGGCUCACGAGCGUAUACACACUGGUGAAAAGCCUUACAAGUGUGAACACUGCAGCUAUACGUGUCGGCAGAAACAUGUUUUCAUUCUGGUAAACAAUGAGAAACUUUACAAAUGUAAUUAG